AUGGAUCAUGUUACAAAGGGGAAUCCUGGUGCCUUUGUCAUAAAUGGUCCUGGUGGAACGGGGAAAACUUUUUUAUAUAAUGCUCUUUAUGUAGAAAUUAGAUCAAUGAAUAAGAUUGUUUUACCAACAGCAACUUCGGGUAUUGCUGGAGCCAAUAUUCCUUCUGGUGGAACUGCGCAUUCACUGUUUAAAAUCCCUUUAGACCCUUCGAGCUCACUUACUUGUAAUGUUCCUAAGCAGGGAAGUUUAGUUGUGCUUAUAAGGGAAACAACGUUGAUUAUUUGGGAUGAAGCUUCUAUGGCUAAGAAGGAAAAUAUUGAAUCCCUCGAUUCACUACUCAGAGAUUUUUGCAAUUCAAGUGUAUUAUUUGGAGGCAAAUUAGUAGUGUUUGGUGGGGAUUUUAGAGAAGUUCUUCCAAUUGUUCCACGUAAAUCACAGAGAGAAGCAGUUGCUGCAAGUUUAGUUAGUUCUGCUCUGUGGCCACAACUACUGAAGUUCAGGCUUACUGAAAACUUAAGGGCUACAGAUGAUCCUGCAUAUACAGCUUUUCUGUUGGCACUUGGAUAUGGUGAAUUGCAAAAAACGGAGGAUGCGUUUGUUGAGCUGCCAUUAGAUAUUGUUAAGCCUUUUUGUACUGGAAUAGCUGAUAACGUACAUCUAACAGCUGUAACAUUUCCUGAAAUGGAUAUGUUUCCAUUUAGUUCAAACAGUCUACAAGAGCUAUAUUGA